CCGUCACCCGGAAACGGGCCGCGAUCGCCGGCCGACCGGAAGCUGGUUUCAUGGCAGCCGCGAAGAAAGCAGUUUUGGGGCCGUUGGUAGGGGCGGUGGACCAAGGCACCAGUUCCACGCGCUUUUUGCUAUUGGUGUCAGCAAUCAGAGGGAAACCACUGUCAUCUGGGACAAGUUAACUGGAGAGCCUCUUUACAAUGCUGUGGUGUGGCUUGAUCUAAGAACCCAGUCUACCGUUGAGACUCUUAGUAAAAGAAUUCCAGGAAACAAUAACUUUGUCAAGUCUAAGACAGGCCUUCCACUUAGCACUUACUUCAGUGCAGUGAAACUUCGUUGGCUCCUUGACAAUGUGAGAACAGUUCAAAAGGCUGUUGAAGAAGACAGAGCUCUUUUUGGGACCAUUGAUUCAUGGCUUAUUUGGAGUUUGACAGGAGGAAUCAAUGGAGGUGUCCAUUGUACGGAUGUAACAAAUGCAAGUAGGACGAUGCUUUUCAAUAUUCAUUCUUUGGAAUGGGAUAAAGAGCUCUGCGAAUUUUUUGGAAUUCCAAUGGAGAUUCUUCCAAACGUCCGGAGUUCUUCUGAGAUCUAUGGCCUAAUGAAAGCCGGGGCUUUGGAAGGUGUGCCAAUAUCUGGGUGUUUGGGGGACCAGUCUGCUGCAUUAGUGGGACAAAUGUGCUUCCAGGAUGGACAAGCCAAAAAUACAUAUGGAACAGGCUGUUUCUUACUAUGUAAUACUGGCCAUAAGUGUGUAUUUUCUGAACACGGCCUUCUGACCACAGUGGCUUACAAACUAGGAAGAGACAAGCCAGUGUAUUAUGCAUUGGAAGGUUCUGUAGCUAUAGCUGGUGCUGUUAUUCGCUGGCUAAGAGACAAUCUUGGAAUCAUAAGAACCUCAGAGGAAAUCGAAAAACUUGCUAAAGAAGUAGGUACUUCUUAUGGCUGCUACUUCGUCCCAGCAUUUUCAGGAUUAUAUGCACCUUAUUGGGAGCCCAGUGCAAGAGGGAUAAUCUGUGGUCUCACUCAGUUUACCAAUAAAUGCCAUAUUGCUUUUGCUGCAUUAGAAGCUGUUUGUUUCCAAACCCGAGAGAUUUUGGAUGCCAUGAACCGUGACUGUGGAAUUCCACUCAGUCAUUUGCAGGUAGAUGGAGGAAUGACCAACAACAAAAUUCUUAUGCAGCUACAAGCAGACAUUCUGUAUAUCCCAGUAGUGAAGCCCUCGAUGCCUGAAACAACUGCCCUGGGAGCUGCCAUGGCAGCAGGGGCUGCAGAAGGAGUAGGCGUUUGGAGCCUGGAUCCGGAAGAUAUGUCAGCUGUCACCAUGGAGCGGUUUGAACCACAGAUCAAUGCUGAGGAAAGUGAAAUUCGUUAUUCUACAUGGAAGAAAGCUGUGAUGAAGUCAAUGGGCUGGGUUACAAGUCAGUCUCCUGAAAGUGGUGACCCUAGUAUCUUCUGUAGUCUGCCCUUGGGCUUUUUUAUAGUGAGUAGCAUGGUAAUGUUAAUCGGAGCAAGGUACAUCUCAGGUGUCCCGUAAAUAAUACCAACUCAUGGAUUCCCAAGAAGCGAGCUUUAUACGCAACAAGAGAAUCCAGCAAUUCUGCCUCUUAAUGUGGUGGCACUAUUCAUAGACUCUGAUUUUAUUUAUAAGCCACUUGCUGCAUGACCCUCCAAGUAAACAGGUGGCUUGAAAUAAAGAAAAUGCAGCAGAAAGAA